AUGGGUGAUGCAGAAAGAACUGUUGUCUCAUCAGAAGCAUCCCAUGAAAACUACUGCGGACUUUAUUAUUGUUGGCAAUGCUUCAUUAAAAAAGACAGUUGCAAUGCUAAGGAGGGAUCAUCAUCAGUAACACCAGAAGAAUCGGUCGACGCGCAAGUUGAACGUUAUUUGAAUAACUUUCCGGUGGGAUUGAAAUUUCGACCAAGUGAUGAGGAGGCUGUACUAUUUUAUCUUGUUAAGAGAUCCAGGAACGAACCGUUACCUAUUAGUCCAAUAAAAGAAGUGAACAUCUAUGAGUUUACUCCUGAAGAUCUUCUAGAUAGGUACAAGAAUUAUGGAAUAGAAGGGAUAGAAGGAAAAGAAUUGUACGUUUUCACACCCAGAGAAAGAAAAUAUCCCAAUGGAUCUCGACCUGCACGCUAUAUUACUGGUCGUUAUAUAGGAUUUUGGAAAAUUGUUGGAAGAGCUGAUCCAAUUCCUAAUGAGCGGACUCACAUUGGGACCAAGCGUUCGCUGAGGUUUUUUAAAGGCACGAAAGACGAUUUUUCGAAGACACCGUUUAGCAUGACUGAAUACAUCUUAAAAAGCAAGAUAAAUAGUGAAUCAGGUCACCAAAAUGGCGGUAAGAAGCAGGAUCCGGUGAAUUUGGCGUUGUGUAAGAUUUGGAAAAGACUGCCUUCUAAGAAAGAUUUAUCACCGGUAGCAGAAUCGUCGACGGAGAAUACUGAUACUACUUUGCUCGAGAACGCUGAAUAUAAUUCAUCAGGCCCGGUCAUGGAGGCACAUCAAGGUUCCUCCGCGACCAAUAUGGUUAUGCCUACUGGUAAUGAAAAUUCUUCACAUACUAAUGGAUUCUUGCAAGACUACCACAUUGAAGAUGCGACCAACUCGUAUGACAGUUUUCUGAAUGAUGAAGACAUGUCGUUUGAACAACUAGAUGAUAUCCUUGAUUGUGUGCUCGGCGACACUAACACAGAGUUCAAUACAUUUGGGCAAGCCAUGGGGCCGUAUCAAGAUUUUAACUUGAUGGAUACGGUUAUGCGUAAUGAUGGAAGUUUCUCAAAUAUUAAUAGAUCCUCGCAAGACCAAAUAGCAAUGGAGGAGACAUUUCUCGAUCCUUUUAGGCUUUUCGGUGACAACUAUUUGCCGGCGGGAGAAAAACAGAACGGAGAGUUACAGGUGGCAUUGAACCAGGAGAACCAGUUUGAGUCAUCAUCAGUCGUUUUAAACGAUUUGGAUAUCUGUGGUUCUUCUUGCUAUAAUCAUUCUUCCUAUCAUUUUGAUGAGCAGAAAUAG